AUGGAACUUCCAACAAUCCCAACGCCAUCUUCCGUAGCCGAGUACGUUAUAUCAGUUCUCCAAGCCUCUGAAAACACACCCUACAUUGGAGAACCUAUCUCUCAACUCCAGCAUUCUCUCCAAUGCGCUGCCCAAGCAGCAUCUGCUUCACCACCAGUGGACGAAGCCACACAAAUUGCCGCGUUGCUCCACGACAUUGGUCAAUAUGCACCCGCCAAAGACCUCCGCAAGCUCACUGGAGGGGAAGCUAGAAACCUCGGCGGACAAGCAACAGGGACCAGUGUUGGUAGAGUCGGGCACGAGACGCUAGGUGCGCAAUUCGUUCUUGCGCUGGGUUUUUCUCCGAAGGUUGCGCGUCUGGUGGAAUCACAUGUUGCUGCUAAGCGGUAUCUGUGUGCAGUGGAUAAAGGGUACUUGGAAAAGCUUUCCGAUGCAAGCAAGAAGAGUCUUGCAUAUCAAGGCGGACCAAUGAGUGAUGAUGAGAGGGAUGAGUUUGGUUCUGAUAAGUGGUGUAAGGAAAUGUGCCAAUUGAGGGUAUGGGAUGACGAAGCGAAGAUCGAGGGACUUGAGGUCAGGGACCUUGAGAGCUGGAGACUAGCAUUGGAAAGGCAACUAGAAGGAAACCAGGGCAAUAUGAUAUAA